AUGCAACAAGAAGCUCUCUCUUUCCUCUCCUCCUCUUUCCCUUCCCACCACCACCAUUUUCCUUCACUUUCUCGCCUCCGAUUCCACAAUUUUCCCGCACUUUCCUUCAAACCAAACACCUCCACCUCAUCUCUCUUCUUCCCUCCCAAAUCCCCAGAUAUCCCCUCUCUCCCCUCCACCACCACCGAAACCCUAGAAUCCGACAUCCACGAGAAGCUCCUUUACCUCGAUUCCCUCGGAAUCGAUUUCCUCACGCUAAUCAACCGCCACCCUCCUCUCCUCUCCGCCGCUCUCUCCGCCAUUAAAUCCGUCGUCGAUUACAUGACCACUCCACCAAUCAACUUCACCCUGCCGGAUUUCCGCCGCCUCGUCUCCAUGUGCCCGGAGCUUCUCACUUCCCCACUAACCUCCCACACGAUCCCCGUCAUCACUUUCCUCCUCCGCGAAGUCGGAGUCGACUCCGUCUUCGAUCUCCGCCAAGCCUUGCGCCGCCGUCCUAUUUUAAGGGAAUGCAAAAGAAGGAGUAAUUUCACUAACCAAACGAAAAGAAAUAAAGUAGAGCUUCACCAUCUUUCGGAGCUAAUGGUUUCUCCGUUUCUUCUUCCAUGGGUUCCUCUUGAUUCUCCAAUACUUAUUGUAACGAAGUUUCAUCCAGAGACAGUGUCUAGAGAAGAGUGA